CGCCAUCGCCAUGGAUUACCGGGCGUUAGCCAUGAGCCAGGCCGUGCCCGGCCAGUUUGAUGAUGCAGAAUGCUCCGACGGUGAAUUUACACAAGAAACAGAAAUAGCUGAAGAAAGUGAGGUCACCAACUGCCAGUCACGCAUAUGCCAAGAAUUUAACACUGAGGAAGGAGAUAGUGAUGAUGAUGAUGAAGAGGAAGAUGAAGACUGGGACUGGGAUGAUGAAGUGGGAAGACUCACAAAACGCCACAGUGCUGCUGGUGGAUGCAAUUCUCAGGUGAAUAGACAGACCCCUAGUUGCUGUUCAGCAAAAAUGUCUACCCCUACAGACAAGGCUUUAAGGAAAUUUGAACAUAAAAUUAAUUUAGAUAAGUUAAAUUUUGAUGACUCUGUUAUAAACAGAGUCACGGAAAAGUCUAGACAGAAGGAAGCAGACAUGUAUCGAGUCAAAGACAAGUCAGACAGAGCAACAGUAGAACAGGUAUUAGAUCCAAGGACCCGGAUGAUUCUGUUCAAGAUGCUAACUAGAGGUGUCAUAUCAGAAAUCAACGGCUGCAUCAGCACAGGGAAAGAAGCUAAUGUGUAUCAUGCCAGUACUGCAAGUGGGGAGAACAGAGCAAUAAAGAUUUACAAAACAUCUAUCCUGAUGUUUAAAGAUCGGGAUAAGUAUGUGAGCGGUGAAUUCAGGUUUCGUCAUGGGUAUUGUAAAGGCAACCCAAGAAAAAUGGUGAAGACGUGGGCUGAAAAAGAAAUGAGAAAUUUAAUAAGGUUGAAUACAGCCCAGAUACCUUGCCCAGAGCCAGUUAUGCUAAGAAGUCAUGUGCUUGUGAUGGGCUUUAUUGGUAAAGGUGAUAGGCCUGCUCCUCUGCUGAAGAAUGCUCAGUUAUCUGACUCCAAAGUUCGGGAGCUGUACCUGCAAAUCAUCCAAUACAUGAGAAGAAUGUACCAAGAUGCCAGACUUGUUCACGCAGAUCUCAGUGAAUUUAAUAUGCUGUACCACAGUGGGGAUGUGUACAUCAUUGAUGUGUCUCAGGCUGUCGAACAUGACCACCCACAUGCACUGGAGUUCCUGCGGAAGGAUUGUGCCAAUGUUAAUGACUUUUUCCAGAAGCACCAUGUUGCAGUGAUGACUGUGAGGGAGCUGUUUGAGUUUAUUACUGAUCCUUCUAUCACAAGCGAGAACAUUGAUGACUAUCUGUCUAAGGCAAUGGAAAUAGCAUCCAAAAGAACAGAGGAGGAAAGAUCCAGCCAGGAUAAAGUGGAUGAGGAAGUGUUUAAGAAGGCUUACAUACCUCGAACUUUGACUGAUGUUAAAAACUAUGAGAGAGAUGUGGAUAUAAUGAUGAAAUUGAAAGAAGAGGACAUGGCAUUGAAUGUUCAGCAAGAUAAUAUUCUCUACCAGACUGUGACGGGACUGAAGAAGGAUUUGUCUGGUGUUCAGGAGAUUCCUGCCCUUCUAGAAAAGAAGGCAGAUGUGUCAGAAACAGACUCUGAUGAUGAUGGCAGCUCAGAGUACUCUGAUUCAGGCUGUAAAGAAUCUGUACAUCCCAAAGAUAAGCCUGCUGAAGUUGGCAUGGAUAAAAAGGAAAGGAAAAAGAUGGUUAAAGAAGCUCAAAGAGAGAAGAGAAAAAACAAAAUCCCAAAGCAUGUGAAGAAGCGGAAAGAAAAGACUGCAAAAAUGAAGAAAGGCAAAUGAAGUCAGCUUUGGCUUGGGGAAAGGGAUGGUUUGUUGUGGGUUAUUUAGUCACCAUCUUUUUUUUAAUAAAAAAUCCUUUAUUUAUAUACAUACAGUA